AAAAUUAAUCAGUCGCUAUCGUCUGUUCACUCAAUCGACAUGUCUACUCUGUGGAUUAUUUUCGUAUUUUUAUCAACAUUUGCAAAAGGGUCACUUUCCACUGACUCAUACAACGCAUUACAAGACGACGGCAUCCAGUAUCGUCUCCCAAACGCUACGAAACCGGAAACUUACGACAUUUACAUAUCGACCAGCGUACACAAUCAGAACUUUACCUUCGAAGGAAGUGUAUCCAUAGUCAUACUGGUCACUGAAGACACAUCGUCCAUAACGCUUCAUUCACAUCGGCUACAUACUAUCCAUGGUGUGAGCCUUCUGCAAGAGGAAGGCCGCGUUGAGAUUCCGUUGACCGGUUCUACGUAUGACGACAACAACAAUUUUCUAACAAUACCGCUCGUAAGCGGUGUAUUGGAAAGAGACAGACGAUAUGUGUUGAACAUUGUGUUCGAUUCGACGUUGCAAGACGAUCCCAGAGGUUUUUACAAAAGCUCGUACGUUGACGACAGUGGAAAUGUACGAUACUUAGCAACAACUCAAUUGGGUAUGACUGAUGCUAGACAUGCGUUUCCCUGCUUUGAUGAGGCGCGAUAUCGAGCUAAUUUUUCCAUAAGAAUACGACACGGUUCAAAUUACCAUGCUGUGUCCAAUAUGCCGAUUGAUAAUACCGCGGAUGAUGGCAGUGGUAUGACAACAACGACUUUCUUAACAACGCCAUUAGCGCCCACUUACAUUCUUGCUUACACAAUCUCCGAUUUCGUAUACGCAAGCAACGGAAAUAGCGGAACCGAUUCAAUUCCAAUACGAACAUACGCUCGCUCUAAUGCUAUACACGGUGCCUCGUACAGUGUUGAAGUGGGCGAAAAGCUUCUGAUGGCAUAUGAUGAUUACUUAGGCGUAAAAUUUGCACUUCCGAAAAUGGAUCAAGUGGCUGUGGCAGAUUUCCCAUUCAGUGCCAUGGAGAACUGGGGAAUGGUGGUCUACAAGGAACCAGUCCUGCUCCUUUUUCCAAAUUCUACUCAUGCCACGAAAACUCGCAUAACUACCAUCAUAGCCCACGAAUUCGCUCAUCAGUGGUUCGGUAACUUGGUGACUCCCAAAUGGUGGACUUGGACUUGGCUGAGUGAGGGCUUCUCUACUUUAUUCGAACAUUUGGCUACAAAUUGGGUUUUCCCCGAAUGGAACAUCAAUGAUUACUAUGUGUACAACACCUUACAAAAUGUCUUUCAAUCUGAUGCUGAGGAUAGUACCCGUCCAAUGUCUACCUAUGCGGAAAGCCCAGCUGCAAUUUUGGACGUUCUGGAUAGUGUUACAUAUGCUAAAGCUAGCUGCGUUCUGCGGAUGAUUAUGCAUGCAAUCACUGAAGAUGUAUUCAAGAGUGGACUGAGGAAUUAUUUUAGAGAGAGAGCUUAUUUGGCCGCCGAUGAGAACGACCUAUUCGACGCCAUGGCAGAAUCAAUUUUGGCUAACGUUCCAUCCGCAAACCGAGUAGACAUCACAGCAAUUAUGUCGUCGUGGACCCAGCAGAAGGGAUAUCCAUUUUUAACAAUCACAAGAAAUUAUGACACCGGAUCGAUAAGCGUACGUCAAGACAGAUAUCAAUCGUAUAUUCCAGCGCAAAUGGAUCGAUCGUUAUGGUGGAUUCCCUUGAACUAUGCAUCGGCCACGAGCUAUGAUUUCACGAAUACUACCGCACAACGCUGGUUGUCGAAUGUAGAUCGGAGCACAACCAUUACUCAAACGAACGAGUGGACGGCUGAUGAUUGGGUAAUUUUCAACAAACGAGAAACUGGAUACUUUAGGGUGCUCUAUGAUGCACAGAACUACAAAAUCAUAACAAGAGAAUUGGUCGAGGGAGACCUAUCGAAAAUACAUUUGACCAGUCGGUCGCAAUUGGUCGAUGAUGCUCUUAAUUUCGCUAAAACUGGACGAUUGCCCUAUUCAGUGGUCUUCGAACUGAUUGGCUAUUUGGAAAAAGAAAGAGAAUUUGUACCUUGGGCAUCGGCAUUUAGAGGUUUGGAAUUCGUUCACAGAAUCAUGGCUGGUUCUGCUUCCUACGAACAUUUGCGAACAUUUACUCUUAACUUGGUGGACGGUCUGUUCGAUUACAUUGGAAUAAAAGACUUAGGUGACAACGAACCGCAUUUCAACAAAGACUUACGAAUUCUGGCAACGAAUUGGGCUUGUCGCUUGGGCUCCAUAAAUUGCAUUGAAAAGACCAACGCAGAGCUUCGUCAAAAUUGGGACAACAUCCAUUCGAAUAUGAGGCCAACAAUUUACUGCAAUGGCCUGCGUGCGAAUGGCGACAAUGAUUUUUCGUCUUUAAUGAUUAUCCUUUACGACACCGUCGAUUCAACUGAACGAAAUAACAUUCUAGCUGCAUUGGGAUGUUCGUCGAACGAAGCUCAACUCAAGGUGUACAUUCAGACGUCCUUGGGAAAUAAUUACUUGUCUGCGGCGGAGAACUAUCAAGUGUUCACUGCAGUUAUGGAAAAUGGCGAACUCGGUUUGAAUGUUGCGCUGGAUUUUUUGGAUAAUUAUUUGGCAGAAGCUGUUGUCGCUUAUGGAAACACGAACAUGAACAAUGCUAUAAUUGCCACAGCGAACAAGAUUGUCGGCUCGGAUAGAGAACAAAGGUUCAUACCGAUUUUACAACGGGCGUUGCCUAGCGGCCAGAUUAGCGUUCAGUCGUACAAUGAAAGUCUGAAAAUCGUUGAAGACAAUAAAAAUUGGUUAACUAAUCAUCAAGGGUCAAUUGACAAUUGGUUGAAUGAUUUCUAUAAAUCGAGUGGAAAUACCGUUGCAGCUGGAAUGUUAUCGGUGCUUGUGGUAUUAGCUUCUUGUUUCCGCUACAUAUAACAGUCGUUCUGAUUGUUCGUGUCAUUUUUUUACUGAUAUAUUGAGCAGUCAUGUCACUUAACAUUGUUGAAUAAAUUAUAGUAACAAGGACGGCUCCAGCUCUCCUUUAUUUUUACAGAGUGAUGAAGGUUGUUGUUGAAA